AUGAAGUCCUCCGACUGGGUUUGGCGUGGCAGUUCGUAUGGCCGUUCCGAGCACUCGAAUGGCCGUCAGAAGGCGAGAUGGAGCCAGUGUUCGCAGCGCGCGCCCGUGCCUGCUGGGGAUCCCAUACUUGUGAUAGAGGAUCCACAACGCUCUCGACUAGCCAGCCCAAACGUCAUGGGCACUGUCCCGGGAGGAAGAGGCGCACCGGGGGAAGAUUCGCAUGUUGUCGUCCCGAUGGAAAGCGCAAUGGCAUCUGUCUUGGAGGCGUGA